AUGGAUGGCUCGUUUGGUCAAUUUUCCUUCGCGCCUGCCACUCAGACCACCGUCGUGACCACUACGACCACGACAACAACCACCUUCCCUCCCUUGAUUAUCAAACCACCUCGGGCAACAAGGGAUUUGGAUACCAAGCUUUAUCCGUUGGCGGCGUCACCUACUCCUGAUUCCCUGAGAAAAAUCAAAUUUGAGCUGGGAGGGAAAUCUGUGGUUUUUAACGAGCCUGAGGAUGCCUUAAGUGCUGUCAACGAGACGAGAGAAAGGAAUGACGCGCUCAAAACCUCGAACGGCUUACUUCGGUCUGUGGCAUCUUUUACUACGUCUAAUGAUGCUGGACAUCCUCGAAGCAAUGCCCACCCCAGGCUAUCUAGCCAGCCAUCGAGUCAUCCGUCAAGUUCAAAACGUCGACCAGUCUCGCCAGUGUCGAUCCCGGAGGCACAACCGAGUAUACCCCGGACGCGUUCUCGAGUUCCAUCAGAGCCUGCUCUCCGCUCAUCUCGAACUCGUGCACCGGCCGCGGAUGGGCUAGCAACACCGGAGACAGAGAACAACAGUUUCAGCGCUGGGAGUGCGUUUCCAAGAAGAAGGAUUCAUAGCGCAGCCCUUCCACGAAGGGCCUCAAAUUUGCGUUCGCCUCUGUCUUCUGAAGUUGAUUCUCAAGGGACGUUGCAGGCUUCGAAUCCGAAAUCCUUUUUGGGAAAGGACGUAGCACGGACUAGAUUUGGGACUCUCGGAAAAAGCCCCCGGUUGGAUCGUGGCAAAAAUUUUUUGCAGGACAAUAUUAGCGCCCGUGUAGAGCAUGAAGAAGAGGAGGAGGAAGGAGAAGAAGGAGGAGAAGAAGAAGAAGAAGGAGAAGAAGAAGAAGAAAAAGAAAAAGAAAAAGAAGCAGCAGUUCCUACUAGCAACCUGUCAGACAACGUGUCGGUGCAAAUUCCACAACAGCGAAAAUCGCUUGACACAAACACCCAGAGGACGGCAGCUGACAAUGUUGCUGCUCAAGACAUGUGCUUACCGAGCCCUAGUCUGUCUCCCGUGGCUGCCCUGAAUGCCAUGAAUGCCGACUCAUCCUUUGAUUCUACAGAGGAUGCGGGAGUUGAUACGGAUUCUAGCUUGGAUAACAAUGUUCCUCGGUUCUCAAAGAAUGCUGACAUCCCGCGUUCUACGGCAUCAUUGAUGGACAUGCCAAAUGUACUGGACUUUUUCGAUUCUGUUCCCGAGGGGUUGAAAACGUACCUUAUGUACCAAUUGCUCCGACGAUGUCCUAAACCGACUCUCCGUUUUAUCGCUAAUGUCGUUAAUCCGGCCCUGAAAUGCGACUUUCUUUUCAUGCUUCCGCUCGAAUUGAGUCUCAACAUCGUCAAAUAUUUCGAUGCUCAGACCAUGUGUCGUGCGGCCCAGGUGUCGAAGAAAUGGAGACAUAUCAUCAAUUCCGAUGAGAAGACCUGGAAAGGACUCUUGGACCAGGAUGGCUAUGUUCUCCCUGAAGGAGAGCUAGAACGCGCUAUUAGAGAAGGUUGGGGUUGGCAAUUCCCAAAUGGAGAUGAAGAUUUCGAGAAGGAUUUGACUACAUCUCUCCCUCUGAAGUCUGGCCCAGGUUCAUCUGCUUCGGCUUCUUUGCCAGCAGCAGGGCACAAUGACAGGAUGUUGGUCACUCGACAGUCAAAGAGAAAGGCUGCCACUCGCACAUCAACUCGCAAGCAUGCGAAGCGAAAGAUCUCGUCCAGUGGGACAGAUCGUUCAGAGACCCCUGAUUGGAGAGUCGAUAUUGCAACGGCAGAAGGUCCAUAUGCUGCUGCUAGUGCUGCCGCAGCAGCCGUACCAUACCCCGAUGUUGGUCUGUCAUCUCUCCGUAGUCUUCACUUGUAUAAGUCGCUUUACCAGCGGCAUUAUUGCAUUUACAAAGGUUGGAUGAAGCCGGACGUUCGGCCAAAACAUUUUGCCUUUCGUGCGCAUGAUCGCCACGUUGUCACGUGUCUCCAAUUUGAUACGGACAAGAUUCUCACAGGAAGCGAUGACACCAAUAUCAACGUUUAUGACACAAAGACCGGCGCUUUGAGAAACACCUUAGAAGGCCACGAAGGCGGUGUUUGGGCUCUUGAGUAUUACGGUAACACCCUUGUUUCAGGGUCAACCGAUCGGUCUGUAAGGGUUUGGGACAUCGAGAGAGCAAGAUGUACCCAGAUUUUCCAUGGUCACACUUCCACCGUGCGAUGUCUGCAGAUCGUGCUGCCGUCAGAAGUUGGAAAAAGGGUCGAUGGCACCGUUGAAAUGAUGCCCAAAGUGCCGUUGAUCAUCACUGGCUCCCGUGAUUCUAACUUACGGGUGUGGAAGCUUCCUCGGCCAGGUGAUCAAGCUUAUUUCCAAAGCGGACCUCAGGUCGACGAUGCCGAUUGUCCAUACUUUGUUCGCGCUCUCACUGGCCAUCAACAUUCCGUUCGUGCCAUUGCCGCUCACGGAGAUACUUUAGUGAGUGGGAGCUAUGAUUGCACUGUGAGAGUCUGGAGGAUUUCUACCGGGGAAACUGUACACAGACUCCAGGGGCACACUUCAAAGGUAUAUAGCGUGGUCCUUGACCACGAGCGAAACCGUUGCAUCAGUGGAUCGAUGGAUAACUUGGUCAAAGUAUGGUCGCUGGAGACUGGAUCUCUUCUGUACAACCUUGAGGGACAUACUUCUCUUGUUGGUCUUCUUGACCUCAAAUGUGAUCGUCUUGUCUCUGCUGCAGCGGAUUCCACUUUGAGGAUCUGGGAUCCCGAAACCGGUCGCUGUAAGAGCAUGUUGAGCGCCCACACUGGCGCAAUCACAUGUUUCCAACACGAUGGUCAAAAGGUCAUCUCGGGGUCUGAUCAGACUCUGAAAAUGUGGGAUGUGCAGACUGGGGAGCAUGUCCGGAACUUGCUCACCGAUCUCAGCGGGGUAUGGCAAGUCAAGUUCAAUGACCGGAGAUGCGUUGCCGCAGUGCAGCGUGAUAGUUUAACCUACAUCGAGGUUCUUGAUUUUGGCGCUUCCCGUGACGGAGAGUCACCCGAGAAAUUGGGGAAACGUAUUGUUGUGAAUCGAAGAGGUCUCGAAACCGGCGAUUAUGCUGAAGAAGAUUACGACAUGUCCGACGGUUAA